UUUUCACAUUCUCCUUCGCUUGCAACCAUCUCAAGAUGAAGUACGCUCUCGCUGCAGCACUGAUACUCCAAGGUACAACCGUACUUGGCAGUCUUCUUCCUGUUGAUUUCAAGGCCCCUACGCCCGCACACUUCCUUGACAUUGUGAACAAUGGAACCUACGACCUUGGCUGCCGACCAAAGGCUGUUGCCCACCCAGACGGCCACUACGAGCUGCACGCUCUGCUGACCGAGGAGCAAAUUGCUCAUUUGUCCAAGGAGUACGAAAACUCGGAGGAGGUUAGUCUGCACCGACGAGACCUCAGCAAGCGGGCUGCCGAUGCGCCAAUUGGCUCUGGCGACCGUUUCCAAGGCGGUGCUGUCACCCCGUCUGGUCUUGGUACCAAGGCAUCGGGAUCGACAAUCAGCUCCAUCAUGAACGUCAAUGAAAUCAACUCGGCUAUCAAGGGUCUCGUCAACGGCUACGGCAUCAGCACCGUGACCCUGCCAUACAAGACUUUCAACGGCGCCACCCAAACCGCCGGAUACGUUGGUGCUGGCACGGACAAGACCAAGUACAAGCUCUACCUCAGCGCCGGCAUGCAUGCCCGUGAGCGAGGUGGCCCUGACCAGCUCAUCUACUGGAUCUCCGACUUGCUUGCUGCGAACAAGGCCGGAACCGGUCUUACAUACGGCCGUAAGUCGUACACCAACGCCCAGGUCAAGAGUGUCCUCGCCGCGGGUAUCGUCUUCUUCCCUCUGGUGAACCCCGACGGUGUCACGUACGACCAGUCGUCAGGCUCUCUGUGGCGCAAGAACCGCAACACGCGUUCCGGCACCAGCGGCGCCUCCAUCGGCGUCGACAUCAACCGCAACUUUGACUUCCUGUGGAACUACCCCAAGUACUUUGACCCGUCCACGUCGCCUGCGUCCAACUCGCCCCGCUCCGAAGCCUUUUACGGCACGGCCGCUGCCUCGGAACCCGAGACCAAGAACCACGUCAGCAUCUACGACAGCUUCCCCAAGAUCCGGUGGUUCAUGGACAUCCACUCGGCCACAGGCGACAUCCUGUACAACUGGGGCGACGACGAGACUCAGAGCACAAACACCCAGAUGAACUUCCUCAACAGUGCUUACGACGGAAAGAGAGGCCGUAUCGGCGACACCACGUACAAGGAGUACAUGCCGUCGGCCGAUGUGAGCAACAUCCGGAGCGUGGCCUCCAAGACUGCUGCUGCCAUGGCUGCCGUCGGUGGACGCUCCUACUCCUCCAUGCAGUCGGUUGGUCUGUACGCCACAUCCGGUGCCUCAGACGACUAUGCCGCCAGCCGCGUCUACGCCAAAUCUGGUGCCAACAAGGUUCAUGGCUUCACCAUGGAAUUCGGCUACGCAACAAACUUCUACCCCACACUAACCGAGUUCAACCAAAACAUUCUCGACACCAACGCGGGCUUCAUGGACUGGGCGCUUGCCGCUAUCGCUGUUGGCCUCGACUAGAGAUGAUAAUGAUGAUGUCCCAUGAGUACAUGAGAGCAUGAAUACUUCUUCAAACAUUCUGUAAAUAGUUUUUAUCUUUUAUUUUAAAUAUGUGUGUGUAUGAAGGACGCUGUUGGCGAGACAGGCAAGCGCC